UCCUCCAUGAACUUGCCAAGAGCUGAGCGCCUUCGCUCCACACCUCCGCGCAGCCUCCGGGGCUCCGAUGGGGAAGACGGUGAGAUUGAUAUCCUGGGAGAGGUGGAAGAUGAAGAAGAAGAGGAGGAAGAGGAAGACGAGGAGCCCGAGGGAAGCCAGCGGCUCCUAGAGCCGCUGCACCAGCCGGAGCUACAGAUGGCGCAGCGGGGCGUGGGCGCGCUUCCCGGAGAACUCACCCAGAGCGGCGGCGGCGGCGCAAGCGACUCCUCCGAGUUUGGCCCCAAGUUCAGGGCAUCGACGGGGUCUGCAGCGGCCUCUGGGGACGCCCCGCAGCCGGCGAAGCCCCCCUACUCAUAUAUUGCGCUCAUCACCAUGGCCAUUCUGCAGAGCCCACACAAGCGCCUCACGCUCAGCGGCAUCUGCGCCUUCAUUAGCGGCCGCUUCCCUUACUACCGCCGCAAGUUCCCCGCCUGGCAGAACAGCAUCCGCCACAACCUCUCGCUCAACGACUGCUUCGUCAAAAUCCCCCGCGAGCCGGGACACCCUGGCAAGGGCAACUACUGGAGCCUGGACCCCGCCUCCCAGGACAUGUUCGACAAUGGCAGCUUCCUACGGCGCAGGAAGCGCUUCAAGCGCCACCACCCGCCUCAGGGAGCCCACCUGCACCACCCCUUCCCCCUGCCCACGGCGACCGCCGCCCUGCAUGGCUCCUACCCGGGCGUGCUGCUCGGGCCCCCGCCCCCGCCGCAGCCUGUCCCGGGGGCCUAUCCUGGCUCCCCCGGGAGCCGCCCGUGCGCGCUGCUGCAUCCUCAUCCCCUCCGCUACCUCCUGCUCUCCGCCCCGGCCUACGCUGAGGCGCCCAGGAAAGCGCAAGGCGAGGAUCUGGUGAUCCCCGGCGCCCUUCCGGCUCUGCAGCCAACGCUAGGCUCCCAGCCUUGGGAGGAGGGCAAGGGGCCGGCGUCGCAGCCGGCAGGCGGAUGCACCUCCUUCAGCAUCGAAAGUAUCAUGCAAGGGGUCCGGGGAGCUGGCACAGGCGCCGCGCGGAGUCUGUCCCCGACCCCGUGGGGUUACUGCCACCUGCUGCAGCGCCCGUCGUGCCUGUUGCAUCCUCAGGCCGCUGCCCCCUUGCUCCACGUAUCCGCCGCCGCCGCCGCAUCCGCUGCCCGGACGAUUCUGCAGCAGCAGCAGCAGCAGCAGCAGCAGCAGCAGCAGCAGCAGCAGCAGCAGCAGCAGCAGCAGCAGCAGGACUGUGCCAGCGGCUGCGCUCCCAGCAAGGGCGCUCUGCUGAGCAGGCACCUGUCCGCCACCGGGGCGCUGCUGGGGUGUCAGCCUGGAGUAGAGGGCUCUAGGCUGUCGUCGCUGGGCGCCCUUUCGGGCGGAGAGGAGACCUCAGUGGCCUUUUGAAUAGCACCCACACCUGCCCUGGAGCCGACUCCUUGGGGCAGACAGGGAGCCAACCUGGAGGGCGGAGCCUCCGGGGGUCACGCUCUCCUCGCCGCCUGUCCUGGCGCACUCCAGCUCACGCAACCGGGACUAGGCUUGUGUAUCUGAAUCCUGCAGCGGAGCAACCACUAAUUUCGGUUCGCUGCGAAAUAUUAACAAAGGAAAAGUUGGUUACUGUUCCCUCGAGACAACCUGAACGUAAAUGUCCGAUGGCGCCAACGUCGUCUCGCCUUUUCUUUUCCAGCCUCCAGUCGUGACUUCCAAGACUUUUCCGAUUUGCACAUUUCCAGAGGAACUGUGAACGUGAGUGUUCUUUACUAAAAGAAAAACAAAGAAAACAAACCGUCCAAGGCACGUUUCCCCCGUCUUCACUCCCUAGGAACUGCAAGUAUUAUUCCCAAAUCCAGUGCAGAAUGCUUGUGUCCUUUUUGUCUUCCUGAAAUCGAUAUGUAAUAUGGGUAGAAUGUUAAUUUCAGAGGAUUUAUUCCUGAUCUGUGUGUCUGCUGUGCCAUCUUCCGUGGAGAGGUGUUAAAAUUAAACCUAACUAUAUAGUCUAAAUAAAGUGC